AUGGCCAUGGCCAUGGCCAUGGCUGUGGUUAUGGCUAAGGUCAUGCUGUCCAUGUCCAGCUGGACACUUCAAACCGGUUUCUCUAGAAUCAUUACUGGGUAUUCUCUGUCCGGAGUAUUUAAGCUGACGGUAUUGUAUGGACCCCGCCACUCCACCCACGGAUCUGGGUCUGCUGCGGGUGACGUAUCGAGUCAGCAAGGACGGAUCGGAUACCUUGCAUAG